UCUGCACACAGUCUUGAUUACAUUUUCCGAAACAUGUCCAAUGGCUGUCGUCUGUUCACUUAUCGCCGCCGAUAUUCAAUGUAAACUCAAUUCGCGUGCGGUGUUGCUCAGUCAAAACGGUUGCCGAAUGCCUGUAUUAUGAACAGGUAUUCUUGCAAUACAGAUUCUUCCUACCAGGAUCACCAGGGUGUCAUGGCCAGUGAAAACAUCAUGGACGAACUAGCAUCAUUGAUUCGCACGGAAAUUCCGGAGGGACGACAGAGUCUGCGGGAUAGCUUUACCAACUUGGAACGUGUCGCUGAUUAUUGCGAGGACACAUACUACAGAGCGGACAACAAGAAAGCAGCGCUUGAAGCGACCAAGAACUACACGACGCAGUCUCUAGCUAGCGUUGCGUAUCAAAUCAACACGCUCGCCUACAGCUACAUGCAAUUACUCGAUUUGCAAGCACAACAAUUAAGCGAGAUGGAGUCGCAAAUGAAUCACAUCGCACAAACGGUUAUGAUCCACAAAGAAAAAGUUGCACGAAGAGAGAUUGGAGUGCUGACAGCCAAUAAGGUGAGCUGCCGGCAGUAUAAAAUCGUAGCGCCUAUCAACCCCGAGAAACCGAUCAAGUAUGUCCGGAAGCCAAUUGACUACUCGCUCCUAGACGAAAUAGGUCAUGGGGUGAACUCAAGUGGCAGCCGACAAAAGCAUCGGGGCUCCAGUCAGGGCUCGAUUCAGUCGUUAAGCACAAAUCCAUCAGUCGGACCGCCUCCGACAACGAAGCCGCCCACGCCGCCUAACAUGGCACGCGGAAAUACUGGCACGCUGGGCAAGUCCAUUGGGAACACCGGCACGUUGGGCAAAAGUUCGCGAGAGUAUCGAACUCCGCCGGUUGUUAACCCGCCCCAGGUACCAUCGCACUAUGCGCCUAAUUACCCGGUUGGGCAUCCAAAGCGAGCAUCGAGUGCAAGUGCUAGUGUGGCGGGCAGUGACCGCGGCCCGGGCUACAGUGCAUUGCCCAUGCCACCCAGUCAACAGGUUGCCACUCAUGUCAAUUUGCCAUCGAUGGGAAUGAUGCAAACUCUGCCGCCGCCCCCGCCCACAACCUAUGAUGACCGGCACAGUAUGCCUCCACCCCCCUCGCCACUUACCGUCGGCCACGAGAUGUCCGACCAGGGUCAUAUCGGAAUGCACACGUUGGGAAGGAAUAUAAAUAGCCUUAAUUUCACACGACCAGGCUCACAAUCGCCUCCACUGCCACCACCGCCCCCGCCAGAAGAUGAACAUCAAGAUUUCGGUCGUCCACGUACAUCGACUCAAGGGCAGUUGGCUCCAAUUGUUCCGGACGAUCAGAAUUUACCCGGUUGGGUGCCAAAGAAUUACAUCGAAAAAGUUGUUGCAAUCUAUGAUUAUUACGCUGAUAAAGAUGACGAGCUUAGCUUCCAAGAGAGUUCUGUUCUAUAUGUGCUGAAAAAGAACGACGACGGUUGGUGGGAAGGCGUUAUGGAUGGUGUAACUGGCUUGUUUCCUGGCAAUUAUGUUGAACCGUGCGUUUGAAGGAAUUUGAUUUGCAUUUCUACUUUAUAUUCCGCUAAGUAAAAUAAAUAAACUAAAGAACCGACAAAGAAAUAAUACUAGUAAAAAAGUAAAAAGACAUUUUAUAUACAAGAAAUAGAUGCGCUUCUUGAAAAUGGAAUCGAAAAUUAAAGUAUAAAGUAAUAUAAUAUGAAGCAAAUGUAGCAAUAUUUGUAUUCGCUGACAGCUGUUCGGAGAAAUUGGGCCGGUUUUUAGUUUGUUCUUGCAUUUGGUUGCAUUUAAUUGAAGCAGACUGAAUUAUAUUCGGGGCGAAGCUUUGUUUGAAAUAUUUGAACCAUCGUAAUUGCCGUAACUUUAAUAUAAUUUUGUGUCUUAUAUAUUACAGAUUAUUACAAAAAAAGAACGCAUUUAAAAGUUUCGUUCUGCAAUUUAUUAUUAUAUACAAUAUUAGAUAAUUGAAUUAUAAAUAUACGUUGAAAUAUGUGGACAAA